ACAUAACCUCGAUUUCAAAAAUCGAUCAAAUUUUGACAAACAUUUUUAUAUGAUUGUGUAAAGAAAAAAUAUAAUGGAUAGACCACGCCCAUGUGGUUGUAAAGGAUGCCGUACUUGCUUAAUAUGUGAAGCUGAGUACAAAAUUGAUAUAAAAUCGCCAUUAUAUAAUAAACAAAGUAACUCGUACGUUUACUGCCCCUUCUGCAACAAAGCCUGGCCUGGGUGGGAUGUCGAUGAAUUCAAAACACACCCAAACCAUAAAGGAGAAGCAAUAAAGUUCCCUGGUAUUUAUAUCGAUUUGAAUUUUUUGUCAGAUACUGAAGAAAAGCUUUUAAUAAACGAUCUGGAUGAAAUUCCUUGGGAUUUAUCGCAAAGUGGAAGACGUAAACAAAAUUUCGGACCCAAAUGUAAUUUUAAAAAAAGGAAACUAAGAUUAGGUAAUUUCAUAGGAUUUCCCUCGUCUACUAAAUUUGUGCAAGACAAGUUUAACAGUGUACCUAUAUUGAAAGGAUUUAAAACAAUAGAGCAGUGUUCCCUUGAAUACAAUCCUGAAAGGGGAGCAUCAAUCGAUCCACACGUGGACGACUGUUGGGUAUGGGGUGAGAGAAUAAUUACCGUUAAUUUACUAGCAGAUUCCGUAUUGACUAUGACUUAUAACUCUAAACCAAGAAAGUAUAACUUGGACUGUGUUAAAACUUACCCGUCUGUAUUAACGGAUGAUGGAGAAUUGAAUACUGUGAGCCACAGCUACACUGUUACGCCAAAAUAUCAAGAAGAUAAGGGUCCCAUAGUAAGGAUACCUAUGCCUAGAAAAUCUUUAUUAGUUAUGUAUGGUGCCGCAAGGUACGAUUGGGAACAUCAAGUUUUACGAGAGGAUAUUUUACAGCGUAGAGUGUGCCUGGCAUAUAGAGAAUUUACCCCUCCUUAUUUAGAACGUGGUGAUAAGUAUGAAGAAGGAAGAGACAUUCUUUUGCAAGCACAAAACUUCUUUUAGUUUGUUUCAAAUAAAUUGUAAAUAAUUAUAAUACAA